GCCACCGCCUCCGGGUGAGCGGGGCCGCCGCGAGUCGGCCGUUGCUGGGCAUGCUCCCUGAGUGCCCCGCACCAAUAUGGCGGGCGUCCUCGCUGGGGUGACUUUAAUUCUCGGUUUUCGGUUCUAGCCGGCCGGUGCUCACUUCUCUUCGGAAAGCUCUGGGCGCGUGGUGGGGCCGGGGAAAGGCAGGGCGGGUGCGGGGGUGAAAGGUGAGAGGGGACUGCAGGCAUCCAGGCCGGCUCCUGGCGGCAGGAAGAUGGCUGAGAGCGAGCGGCGGUCGCCGCCAGACUCUUCGGAGGAUAUCCUUCCAGCCACUCAGAACUUCAUCAUUCCAAAAAAAGAGAUCCACACUGUUCCAGACAUGGGCAAAUGGAAGCGUUCUCAGGCGUACGCUGACUACAUCGGAUUCAUCCUCACCCUCAACGAAGGUGUGAAGGGGAAGAAGCUGAGCGUCGAGUACAGAGUCUCUGAGGCCAUUGAGAAACUGGUCGCUCUUCUCAACACGCUGGACAGGUGGAUUGAUGAGACUCCUCCGGUGGACCAGCCCUCUCGAUUCGGGAACAAGGCCUACAGGACCUGGUAUGCCAAACUUGACGAGGAAGCAGAAAACUUGGUGGCCACAGUGGUCCCCACCCAUCUGGCAGCCGCUGUGCCCGAGGUGGCUGUUUACCUAAAGGAGUCAGUAGGGAACUCCACGCGCAUCGACUACGGCACAGGACAUGAAGCUGCCUUUGCUGCUUUCCUCUGCUGUCUCUGCAAGAUAGGGGUGCUGCGAGUGGACGACCAAAUAGCCAUUGUCUUCAAGGUGUUCAAUCGGUACCUUGAGGUUAUGCGGAAGCUCCAGAAGACGUACAGGAUGGAGCCGGCCGGCAGCCAGGGCGUGUGGGGCCUGGAUGACUUCCAGUUUCUGCCCUUCAUCUGGGGCAGUUCACAGCUGAUAGACCACCCGAAUCUGGAGCCCAGGCACUUUGUCGAUGAGAAGGCCGUGAACGAGAACCACAAGGACUACAUGUUCCUGGAGUGUAUCCUGUUUAUCACCGAGAUGAAGACAGGCCCCUUUGCAGAGCACUCCAACCAGCUGUGGAACAUCAGCGCCGUCCCCUCCUGGUCCAAAGUGAACCAGGGUCUCAUCCGCAUGUAUAAGGCCGAGUGUCUGGAGAAGUUCCCGGUGAUCCAGCACUUCAAGUUCGGGAGCCUGUUGCCCAUCCACCCGGUCACAUCGUGCUAGUGCCUGCCCUCCCCCACCCCAGCUGUGGCCCCUCUCCACCCCCUCCCUCUGUUCUUUGUGCCUGCCCUCCCCCACCCCAGCUGUGGCCCCCUCCCCACCCCCUCCCUCUGUUCUUUCUGUUUGAUGAGAGGCUGUUUACUGGGGUGGGUGGUGAGCGCGGGGUUGAGGGAGGCUCAGGGCAUAAAGCUGAAGGACCCAAGUUGGGAGAAGUGACCAAAGUGUGGCCAGUUUCCUGACUUCCCCUGUGGCGGACAGGCAAGGAGAGAGGGGCUGGCGCAGGGUCCCUGGGCCCCACUCCCGCCCUGGGCUCCCUCUCCUCCUCCCUGUUCAGUCCCAUUUGAGACCAGGCUGUUCUGGGCCGCUGUGGGGAGGGGAGGCACUCUGCUGCUGCGUUGCUUUCCCUUCCCAGGUUGUCUUUCUAGGGGUUGGAGCAGCUGCUCCCCAGGGCGUGGGUCAAUUUCCCGAGCCCUGUUUGGGUGGGCGUCUGGGUGUCCUGAGGGCUGGAGGCUGAGGCUGGCGGCCAGCCUGUGGGGGGGGGGGUGGUCGGGAAGGGAGAAGCCUUGGCUGUUGUGGCCGGUGACCCUCCCAGCUCCUCCUCACGGCUGCCCCCUGGGCCUGUGGGCACCUGUGUCCAGUGCCUCAUCCUUGCUUUUCUGCUCUUUGGCUUUUGGUUCAAGGGUAGCCUCUGGAGGGCGCCGGCAGGGCUUGCUCACCAGCGGAUUGGGUGAGGCCUGCCUUUCCAAAGCUCUCCCUGGCUGGGAGGGGGUUGAAGGAAGGGGGGCGGGCUCGGGGCCAGUGUGGCCGUGGACAACCUGGGCUCCUCUCCUCAUUCUCACGUCCCUCACUGCCGCUGCUUCUGCCCCUCUAGCUGGGCGGUGGGUGAGUGGGCCGCGGGAGGGCUCCGGAAACAGCAGCCCACCCCCUUCGUCCUCCCACCUCCCCGGGCUUGCCUGCUGGAGUUCCAGAAUGAGCUCUGAGGACGGGCAGGGGCUGGGCCGGGCAGGCCCACCUGGGGGGUGAGGGGGUGCUGGGAGCAGCAGGCCAGUUCCAGAAUUUUCUUCGGGGGGUUGCUUCCAGGCCUGGGUCUCGCAGACUCUCCCCUGCCCAAGCCCAGGUCGGCCCAUCUCCACUGCCCCCUCCCCGUAUCUGGGUCCAUACAGCCUUUGGGAAGGGGGAGCACCCGAGAAGCACAAUUCAGGGGCUUGGCCUUCAGGUCUAGGCCGAAGGCCUGGGCAGAGGCUGGGACAGGAGCUGCAAGAGUCACAGAAAUAGUUUUCCUAGGAAAGGCUCAGUCCCUCCCUCCCUCCCUCCUUCUCUCCCUCCCAGGGUCCAGACCGCAGCUUCCUGGCCCCUCCUUCCCUGGGCCCCCUGGGGCCCCCAGCCCUUGGCGCCUUCAUUGCUCUUCAGAUUAAAGCCUCUGUUUACACCUGU